AUGGCGGACCAGGCGAAGAUCAUUGACGAAAACCCCAUCGGCAGCGGUCUUGACGCGUUUCGCGCCUCCUUCCGGUCGCUUUGCCAAAAUCGAAGCCUAGAUGGCCAGCCUGACGCGUUGGGCCAUCUCAUUGACGGACUCGAACAAGCAGAUGCUCAAAAGCUCGCAAUCAGCCUCGUCUCAGCAUUGCUGACCCUCAGGGCUUCCAGCCUGCUUCCUUCGCGUGGGAGCGGCACCAACCUUUCUAACGAUUUGCUGAGAUUCAUUGCUUGGGCUGCCUCCGCCGAGUGCAGCAUCGACCGAAUAAAGCCUCUCCUAACUGCAGCCCUUGACGGCAGUCCGUAUGAUCGUAUCUGGAGCCAAACGCCAUGGUCUCGCAACACAAGCGGCUCCGUCAACUCGUCCGAAUCACGUUCGCACAUGGAUACUCUUCUCCGAGAAGAGCUUGGCGCUAUGUACGUCGGUCUUCCUCGAUUCCGCGACACUUUUUUCGGUGGUGUGGCAGACCUUCAGACAGUUUCUGAGGCUGUCUUCGAGGAGUGCGUCGGCGGUGACAGCCCUCUCUUCACUGUUUGUUCCGGAUGGCGUGGAUGGCCCAAGGACGCGAAGCAAGACGAUGUCCUGAGCUGGAUCACCCGAUUGAGCGACGAGCUGGCGGCGCUCGCGAAGCCUCUAAUGACCACCCCGAUGCCGCGACGGCGACUCCUGGCACAGCCUAACAAGCCUCUCCAGGACUCUGUUGCGGAGCGGAAACUGGACAUUGGGAUUGUGGCCGAUCCAGCGGCUGAAGAGGAUUCCCCGUAUCGUUGGUCGCAGAUACUCGUGCCAGGUGAACUGAAGAGCAACCCGUCGGCCGACAUCGUGUCAAACACAUGGCGCGAUCUAGCGAGGUAUGUCAGGGAGGUUCUGGCGGCUCAGGAUACACGUCGCUUUGUCCUAGGCUUCACGCUUUGCGGAUCUCUCAUGAGAAUCUGGAACUUUGACCGUCUUGGCGGGAUAGCGUCCGAAAAGUUCGACAUUAAUAAAGACGGCCUCCAAUUUGUGUCCACGAUCCUUGGAUUUCUUUGGAUGAAUGAAGAGCAGCUGGGCUUUGACCCGACUAUCACUACCGAGGCCGACCGACGGAUUCUCCGGAUUCAGCGAAACGGGGAGACGGAGCGACUUGUCCUCGACAAGCUGAUGAAACGUGCACCUUGCAUCUCUGGGCGGGCGACCAUCUGCUGGAAGGCCUUCCGUGAAGAUGACCCACAGAGGCUGCUUGUGGUCAAGGAUUCGUGGCAGUAUACCGAGCGCGAGGAGGAGGGCGAACUGCUCCAAGAGGCUACAGAGAAAGGGGUAGUGAAUGUGGCUCGGUACUAUCACCACGAGACCGUCCACGUCCGGUCCCAGAUUGACGAUGUCAUGACCAACGUCCGAGGUGAACUGAACAUCACAGAGGCAAUCAACUUUCAAGCCAGGAGACCCUCCGAAUCUGGUGCAGCAGGUGCGAAGAAAGGCAGAAGCAGAAGCAGAAGCACCACUGGUCUCAAGCGAUCCUCGAGCCAGAUCGGUGCGCCUCUACCGCCCAGCAAACGAUCCUGCUCAACAACUUCCACUACGCUUGGCAGGGAGUCACUGCCAAACCGAGUGCAUAGGCGUGUCAUUGUUCGCGAUUACGGGAAGCCUAUCUACAAGGCAAGCUCGCAGUCAGCUCUCCUGGCGGCGCUCGCAGGCUGCAUUGAGGGACACGAGUCUCUGCACAAGGCCGGAUUCCUGCACAGAGACAUAUCUAUAAACAACUUGAUGAUCAAUGAGGAUAAGGGCAACCCCUCAUGGCCGUCGUUUCUGAUUGACCUUGAUCUUGCUAUUAGAGAGCGGCGAGAUGGUGCUUCUGGAGCCAAGGGCAAGACUGGCACGAGGGCUUUCAUGGCUAUCGGAGCGCUGUUUGGAGAACAGCAUUCGUUCAUGCACGAUCUGGAGUCGUUCUUUUGGGUUCUGUUCUGGAUAUGCAUACACUGCGACGGCCCAGACAAGACUCGAGUCGCGCCGGACUUUGACAAGUGGAAUUACGCGGGGACCUGGGAGCUGGCAAUAUUGAAACUGGGAACAGUGACAGACGAGACGAUUUUUCUUCAGACGAUGAGCGAUUACUUCACGCCGUACUAUCAGCCACUGAUUCCACUACUAUCCGCGCUACGAACUGUCGUUUUCCCAGGUAACAAGAGAUGGAAGCGAGAGGACGAGGGUCUCUACUCGAAGAUGAGAACAAUACUCCAGCAAGAAAGCUGGAGCUGA